AUGGCCACUUCAGCUCUCGCAGAAACAGGGCUGUCUCCGGAGCUAUUCAAUGACAAUUUUGAAGUAUAUCCGGAUUACGCUUGGUGCAACAUUGAUCAUCUAUUCGAACCCAGUGACUUACUUUGCUCGGAAAACUGCAAUUCUCUGCUACCCGACAACCUCUCAUCGCCAACUCAUUAUAAUCUUAACAUGAGUUACCUCUACCCAGAACCUUUUCGUGUCCUCCAAGAUUUUGAGCCCUUCCAUUGUCUGAAACGCCAAAAGCUCUAUGAUUACCAACAACUUCAUUCGGACCUCAAGCCUGAAGGUUUAACUGACGGGCUUCAUGAUUAUCGGCCGGAAGUUGUGAUACCCACAUUGCCCGAGUUUCCAAGCCUUCCGCCUGUUUAUAGUGGUGGAGUCAGCUGUGAGACUGUGAGCAAGCCGGUGAGUGGCGGGAGUUUGUCGGCCCAGAGUAUAGCGGCCAGGGAAAGGAGGAGGAAGAUAACUGAGAAGACUCAGGAGCUGGGAAAGCUUAUUCCAGGUGGCCAGAGGAUGAACACUGCUGAAAUGUUUCAGGCUGCUUACAAAUACAUCAAGUAUUUGCAGGCCCAGGUUGGAAUACUUGAAUUCAUGGGUUCUUAUUAUCCGCAGGAGGAUGGAGACUCGUUUGAAUGUGAACAAGUGCAUGGUCUUGUUGAAUCUUGGUUGAUUCAGGAGAAGUUAUACUCCAUAGAGAAAUGUCUGGUUCCACAGAAACUUGUGCAAGAACUAGCCUCCCAUCACCAGAUUUUUGAGUCGAAACCUCAGGUUCUUGACCAAGUUAGGCAGCUCAUCUGUUGCACUAACGAAGUCGAUGGAGCGGGGGAAAAUCUUUGUAUCCAUGCAUUGGUAUCAAAGCAGCAAACAUGA